AUGGCUUCACCUGGCAAGCGGGCGAUAAACAGAUUGACUGGUUUUCUGCCAAAAGGUGGCCCUGGCAAGGGAGCUUUUACGGGAGUGGGUGCCAUUGUUACAUUGGGUCUUCUAGGUGUGGGAAUAAAUGCUAGUUUAUUUAACGUUGAUGGUGGUCAUCGAGCAAUCAAGUACAAAAGAUUAUUUGGUGUGCAAAAACAAAUCUAUAAUGAAGGAACACAUAUUAUGAUCCCAUGGUUUGAGACACCGAUUGUUUAUGAUGUACGAGCAAAGCCAAGAAAUAUUGCAUCAUUGACUGGAACAAAAGAUCUUCAAAUGGUAAAUAUCACUUGUCGUGUCUUAUCCAAACCGAAUAUUAGUGAAUUAGCCACUAUCUAUAGAACUCUUGGCACCGAUUAUGAUGAACGUGUUCUUCCUUCGAUCGUCAAUGAAGUUUUGAAAUCGGUGGUCGCGCAAUUUAAUGCCUCGCAACUAAUUACACAACGUGAAAAGGUAUCACGUCUCGUUCGUGAAAACUUAACACGACGAGCACUCCGAUUCAAUAUCAUUUUAGACGAUGUAUCAAUCACCCAUGUUGCGUUCUCACCAGAGUUCACUCAUGCUGUAGAAGCAAAACAAAUCGCGCAACAAGAUGCACAACGGGCGGCUUUCAUAGUCGAACGUGCAAGACAGGAAAAGCAAUCAAUCAUAAUCAAAGCAGAAGGAGAAGCAAAAUCCGCAGAAUUGCUUGGUGAAGCGAUAAGAAAUAAACCUGGAUUCAUUGAAUUACGAAAAAUUGAGACAGCACGUGAUAUCGCAAAUAUUUUGUCGAACUCACAAAAUAAGCUUUUGUUGGAUAGCGAAACAUUGUUGUUAAACCUGUAA